ACCAGAGAGCCCAGACUAACACGCGGCAGCUCGCAUAGCACCGCGACGCGACGCGACGCGCCGAGCAGUGCACCACUGGAGAGUGGCCGGAGGAGAUCCAUGGGGAGCAGCGGGGGCAGCAGCGAGCACUUCCUGCGCCAGUUCAGCGCGAGCGACGGCGCCCCGGCACCGCGGGAGCUGGGAGAGGAGUGGGCCGAGUGCGGGGGCGGCGGCGGCAGGCGCGGGUCGAGGCGGUGGUCCAGGAAGAAGGCGAGGGCGGCGGCGAGGGGACACCACCGCCGCGGCGGCGGUGGCGACGGCGGGUUCUGCAGGAGCAGGGAGGAGGCGCCGGCGGGGAGGAAGCGGGUGAUGGUGGUGGUGGACCAGAGCUCCGGCGCCAAGCACGCCAUGAUGUGGGCGCUCACCCACGUCGCCAGCAAGGGGGACUUCCUCACCCUGCUCCACGUCCUCCCCCACUCCCACGGCGGCGGCCGCGCCGGCGACGACGCCUCCGCGCUCGCCAACUCCCUCGGCUCCCUCUGCAAGGCCUGCAAGCCCGAGGUGGAGGUUGAGGCGCUUGUGAUCCAAGGGCCCAAGCUGGGCACCGUCCUCAGCCAGGUGAAGAAGCUGGAUGCAUCUGUGCUGGUGCUGAGCCAGUGCAAGCCAUCUCCUUUCUGCUGCUUCAUGAGGAGCAGCGGCGAGGAGUUCGUGGAGGAGUGCAUCAACAGUGCCGACUGCCUGACGCUGGCGGUGAGGCGGCAGAGCAAGGGCGUCGGCGGCUACCUCAUCAGCACCCGGUGGCAGAAGAACUUCUGGCUGCUGGCUUGACAAAGACAAAGCCACACUUCUGGGUGAAAUUUUACUGCCAAGGCGAGUUGCCACAAGAGAUCAAUAAGUCAAGUAUAACUAGUAGUAACUACACGAAUAAUUAACAUGAUCCAGUGCAUGUGUGCUGUCUGUGUAUGUGUGCAUGUGUGCAUGUGUGUGUGUGUGUGACAAUCUGAUGGUGUGAUGUGUUGUUCUUUGAUUCUAUCCUCUUGGUUAGCUGUAGCCUCUCACUUUCGCUGUUGUAAAGAAGCCCCAAAGCUGACCCGCUGCUGCCUGUAAGCCUGCCCCUGUUCUCUGCGUGUCUGCUUGUUUGUUUGAGCAGGACGGUAUGGUGCAAGAACCAUAAAGUAGUACGCUACCGUUUGUAUUAUGCGUUGUGUUUGUUUGUAUGCUAAGUAUGGGGAUCAUCUGGGGUGUUUGACCAACUGCCUA